GCCGGGAGCGGAGGGAUGUGGGGCUUUGGGGGAGGCAGGCUCUUCGGCUUCUUCUCCGCUCCCGUCCUGGUGGCCGUGGUCUGUUGCGCCCAGAGUGUGAACGAUCCGGGGAACAUGUCCUUCGUGAAAGAAACUGUGGAUAAAUUGUUGAAAGGCUACGACAUUCGCCUCAGACCGGAUUUUGGAGGCCCCCCAGUGAAUGUCGGGAUGAACAUAGAUAUUGCCAGUAUCGACAUGGUCUCUGAAGUCAACAUGGAUUACACAUUAACAAUGUAUUUUCAACAAUACUGGCGAGAUAAAAGACUAGCCUAUGCUGGGAUUCCUCUCAACCUUACACUCGAUAACAGAGUAGCAGAUCAACUAUGGGUGCCUGAUACUUACUUUCUGAAUGACAAGAAAUCGUUUGUGCACGGGGUUACUGUUAAGAAUCGAAUGAUUCGCCUUCAUCCAGAUGGCACAGUAUUAUAUGGCCUCAGAAUCACAACUACUGCAGCUUGCAUGAUGGACUUGAGAAGAUACCCAUUAGAUGAACAAAAUUGUACAUUGGAAAUAGAAAGCUAUGGAUACACAACGGAUGACAUAGAAUUUUAUUGGAGAGGUGGAGAUAAUGCAGUUACUGGAGUAGAAAGAAUUGAGCUUCCGCAAUUUUCUAUUGUGGAAUAUAAACUUGUGUCCAAAAAUGUUGUCUUUGCCACAGGUGCCUAUCCAAGACUAUCAUUGAGUUUUAAGUUGAAGAGGAAUAUUGGAUACUUUAUUCUUCAGACCUAUAUGCCCACAAUAUUGAUUACCAUUUUAUCAUGGGUAUCCUUCUGGAUAAAUUAUGAUGCUUCAGCAGCAAGAGUGGCUCUUGGUAUUACAACUGUGCUUACUAUGACAACUAUCAACACUCAUCUCAGAGAGACUUUGCCUAAGAUUCCAUAUGUCAAAGCCAUUGAUAUGUAUCUUAUGGGCUGCUUUGUAUUUGUCUUCUUGGCCUUACUUGAAUAUGCCUUUGUCAACUAUAUCUUCUUUGGAAAGGGCCCUCAAAGGCAGAAGAAACUUGCUGAAAAGACAGCCAAAGCAAACAAUGAUCGUUCUAAGUUUGAAAGCAACCGGGUGGAUAUGCAUGGGAACAUAUUAUUAACAUCCCUUGAAAUUCACAAUGAAGUUGCAAGCAAUGAAAUCACAACAAGUGUCACUGAUCCACAGAAUUCAGCAGUAUCCUUUGAUAACUCAGGAAUCCAGUACAGAAAGCAGAGUUCUCACCGAGAAACUCUUGGGAGACGUACAUUAGACAGAACUGGCACUCACACUAAGAAGAGUCAUUUGCGGAGAAGAUCUUCUCAACUAAAAAUAAAAAUUCCUGAUCUAACAGAUGUGAAUGCAAUUGACAGAUGGUCAAGGAUGGUGUUUCCUUUCACAUUUUCUCUUUUCAACUUAAUCUACUGGCUAUACUAUGUCAACUAA